GGGACCGUUACUUUUUUCUUCUUUCCAACCGUUGGCUUUGAUGUUUUGAAAACAUUUUUUUACCCUCAGAAAGUUCUCAAUGAAUGCUUUAUUAGCAAACCUUUUCAGUGAAUUAUUUUGGGUCUCAAUAGCAGGAACAUUCUUGGGAAGCUUUUUCUUUCUUUGCUUAGAGAAGACAAGACAAGAACAUUCAAAGUUUCAGCUUCUUUUUUUUUUUCUUUUGAUUUAUCUUUAUCUUUUUCCUUUCUUUUCUCUUAAUAUAGUUUUAAUUUCAAUGUAAAACUUAGUGAUCCUGCUUUAUAUCAUAGUAUGGUCACAGUCACAGGUUAUCAUAGAGUAUAACUGAAUACUUACAUUUACAGCCCACCUCAACUUCCAUGAUUGAAUGUGCAGGUUUUGAAGAAAUUGACCAUAUAUCAUUUAGUUAAGAUGGAUAACUCAUCCAACUUUGAUGAAAACUCUGAUGUGGGUUAUCUGCCUUCACCUUCUUCUGUGGAUCAAAAUGAUCAUUCAAUCACUGAAACUGCUGGGUACUCUCCAUUCAGUGUUGAUUCCUUUGCAUAUUACCGGUCCAAUUCAGAGGUCUCAACCUUGUCUGAGCCUAUUGAUGAUAAUAGCUCUGCUAGUGAACCUUCACCUUCUCCAUGGAUUUCUGUGAAACAUGGAGCUAGUCAAGCUUCUCUUUCCAGAUUAGGAAUGAAGCAGAGAAAGCAUUCUUUAGAUGAUAAAUCUGAUGACCUUAAUCUCUUGGAGUCAGAGCUUGAAAUGAUGAAGGAAAGAUUUGCAAAGAUUCUACUUGGGGAAGACAUGUCUGGUGGUGGAAAAGGUGUCAGCACAGCAGUUACAAUAUCAAAUUCCAUAACCAAUCUCUAUGCAACUGUUUUUGGACAAAACUUGAAGUUGGAGCCUCUUAAGCCUGAGAAGAAGGCUAUGUGGAUAAGAGAAAUGAAUUGUCUUCUUUCAGUGUGUGAAUACAUAGUAGAGUUUGCCCCAACAGCACAAUACUUAGAAGAUGGUACAAUUGUGGAGGUGAAUUAUUGGUUAACCUUAACUAAGGUCAACAGAGAUUAUUGUGCAUCUCAUAAUGUGUCUAAUUUAUUAUCUGGUCAUGUUUUUCAGAUGAUGACAAGCAGACCAAGAUCAGAUAUUUAUGUCAACCUCCCAGCUCUUCAGAAGCUUGACACAAUGCUUAUAGAAAUUUUAGAUAGUUUCCAGGAUACUGAAUUUUGGUAUGCAGAACACGGGAGCAUAUCAGGGAACUCAACUCGUUCGCGUGCUGGCUCCUUUCGGAAGAUUGUUCAGAGGAAAGAUGAGAAAUGGUGGUUGCCAGUUCCUUGUGUUAACCCUGGUGGUCUUUCUGAAAAGUCAAGGAGGCAUUUAAGGAAGAAGAGAGACUGUGCUAAUCAAAUUCAUAAAGCAGCCAUGGCAAUAAAUAGCAGUGUUCUUGCAGAAAUGGAAAUCCCAGAAACAUACACAGCAAAUCUUCCCAAGAGUGGAAGAGCAAGUCUGGGGGACACGAUUUACCGCUAUAUGCAUUCUGCAGACAAGUUCUCACCUGAUUACCUUCUUGACUGUCUGAAAAUAAGCACUGAACACGAAGCACUUCAGCUUGCAGAUAAAGUUGAAUCUUCAAUGUACACAUGGAGACGUAAAGCUUGUCUGAGCCAUUCAAAAGCAUCAUGGAACAAGGUAAAGGACCUCAUGGCUGACACAGACGGAAGCGACAAAAACUGCAUCUUAGCUGAAAGAUCUGAGACUUUAUUGUUUUGCUUGAAACAAAGGUAUCCGGAACUCUCACAGACAUCCUUGGACACAUGCAAGAUUCAAUACAACCAUGAUGUAGGGAAAGCAAUACUAGAGAGCUACUCAAGAGUAUUAGAAGGCUUAGCAUUCAACAUUGUUGCUUGGACUGAUGAUGUUCUUUUUGUAGAUAAAUCAAUGAAGAACCAAGAUGUAUAGAAACAACAACAAAAGAAUAUAACAUUAGCACCCUAACACAGGUGCUCUUCAAUUUUCAAUAUUUUCUUGUAAGCUGUAAGUCAUAGCUUUAGGAGAACUUAGACAGGUAAUAGAUGAUUGCAAUGAAAUCUAUUCACUUGCAUCUGUAUGAAAAUUAGCUGUUAGCUGAACUGCUGAAGAGAGUUUCCACAUUCAAUUAAAGGAUUAAGAAGAAGUUAUAAAA